GAAGUGAUGUUGCUGUCAGUGGCGCCUCCGGCUCCCGGGAAGCCCAGAGUUCCGCAGGGUGGCGGCUGCGGCGGCGGCGGCAGCGGCUGCAGCAACAGGAGCAACGGAGGCUGUGGGUCUGCAGCUGUAUUCCCAGUCGACGCCACUCACGGUGAAGGUGACAUCUCCCUCCAGUUUCACAAAAUGAGUGUGGUAUGGUUACCCAGACCAGGACCUAAACUUCAUAGAGGGCCCAGCCUGCUGUUCUGAUGCCGAAAGGGAGGCAGAAAGUUCCACACUCGGAUGCCCGCCUGGGCCUGCCCAUCUGCCUCUGGCUGGAAUUAGCUGUCUGCUUUCUGCUUCCCCAGGUCAUGGGCCUAUCAGAGGCAGGUGGGCUUGACACCUUGGGUGCAGGGGGGCUAAGCUGGGCCGUACAUCUGGACAGCCUAGAAGGCGAGAGGAAGGAAGAGAGUCUGACACAACAGGCAGACGCUGUGGCCCAGGCAGCAGGGCUGGUGAACGCUGGGCGCAUUGGAGAGCUCCAAGGCCACUACCUCCUUGUCCAGCCAGCUGGGCACAGGCAAGCCACGGAGGUGGAGGCCAUGCGGCAGCAGGCAGAGGCUGUGUUAGCCAGGCAUGAAGCUGUGCGCUGGCACUCAGAGCAGAAACUGCUGAAGAGGGCCAAGCGCAGCAUCCACUUCAAUGAUCCCAAGUAUCCUCAACAGUGGCACCUGAAUAAUCGGCGGAGUCCAGGAAGAGACAUCAACGUGACAGGUGUGUGGGAGCGAAAUGUAACAGGCCGAGGGGUGACGGUGGUGGUGGUGGAUGACGGAGUGGAGCACACCAUCCAGGACAUCGCACCCAACUAUAGCCCAGAGGGAAGCUAUGACCUCAACUCUAAUGACCCAGAUCCUAUGCCCCACCCUGACGAGGAGAAUGGGAACCACCAUGGGACCCGGUGUGCAGGAGAGAUUGCCGCUGUACCCAACAACAGCUUCUGUGCAGUAGGCGUGGCCUAUGGGAGCAGAAUAGCAGGUAUCCGGGUGCUGGAUGGACCCCUCACAGACAGUCUGGAGGCCGUGGCAUUCAACAAGCACUAUCAGAUCAAUGACAUCUACAGCUGCAGCUGGGGCCCAGAUGAUGAUGGAAAGACAGUGGAUGGGCCUCAUCAGCUUGGAAAGGCUGCCUUACAACAUGGAGUCAUGGCUGGUCGCCAAGGCUUUGGAAGUAUCUUUGUGGUUGCCAGUGGAAAUGGGGGCCAGCACAAUGACAACUGCAACUAUGACGGCUAUGCCAACUCCAUCUACACUGUCACCAUAGGAGCUGUGGACGAAGAGGGACGGAUGCCUUUUUAUGCCGAGGAGUGUGCCUCCAUGCUGGCAGUCACCUUCAGUGGUGGAGACAAGAUGCUGCGGAGUAUUGUGACCACUGACUGGGACCUUCAGAAGGGCACUGGCUGCACUGAAGGCCACACAGGAACCUCAGCGGCAGCUCCUCUGGCAGCGGGCAUGAUAGCCCUCAUGCUGCAGGUGCGGCCCUGCCUCACAUGGCGGGAUGUCCAGCACAUCAUUGUCUUCACAGCCACCCAGUAUGAAGAUCGUCGUGCAGACUGGCUCACCAAUGAGGCUGGCUUCAGCCACAGCCACCAGCAUGGCUUCGGCCUGCUCAACGCGUGGAGACUUGUCAAUGCAGCCAAGAUCUGGACAUCUGUCCCUUACUUAGCCUCCUAUGUCAGCCCCAUGCUGAAGGAGAAUAAGGCUGUGCCUCGGUCCCCCCACUCUCUGGAGGUGCUAUGGAAUGUCAGCAGGACGGACCUGGAGAUGUCGGGGCUGAAGACCCUGGAACAUGUGGCAGUGACAGUCUCCAUCACUCACCCACGACGUGGCAGCUUAGAACUGAGACUGUUUUGUCCCAGUGGCAUGAUGUCUUUGAUCGGCGCCCCCCGCAGCAUGGACUCGGAUCCCAAUGGCUUCAGUGACUGGACCUUUUCCACUGUGCGGUGCUGGGGGGAAAGAGCCAGAGGCGUCUACAGACUGGUUAUCAGGGACGUAGGAGAUGAGCCGCUCCAGGUGGGCAUCCUCCAGCAGUGGCAGCUGACCCUGUAUGGCUCCAUGUGGAGUCCAGUAGACAUCAAGGACAGACAGAGUCUCUUAGAAAGUGCUAUGAGUGGGAAAUACCUGCAUGAUGACUUCACUCUGCCUUGCCCACCUGGGCUGAGAAUUCCUGAGGAGGAUGGUUACACCAUCACCCCUAACACACUCAAGACCCUUGUGCUGGUGGGCUGCUUCAGUGUCUUCUGGACUGUUUACUACAUGCUAGAGGUAUGCCUGAGCCAGAGGAGCAAGGCUUCCACCCACGGCUGCAGGAAACAUAGCUGCAGGAAAGGAUGCUUCUCCCGGCCCCCACGAAGGCAAAACUCCAAGGAAGUGGGGACAGCACUCGAAUCGGUGCCACUGUGCAGCAGCAAGGACCCGGAUGGAGUGGAUUCAGAGCAUGGGGACUGCACAACUGCAUCUAGCUUCCUGGCCCCAGAGCUGCUGCGGGACGCUGACCGGAAUCUGCCCCAGAACAGUAAGAGUGACCUGGAUUGUCCUCUGCACGAACCCCCAGACCUGCUGCAGGGGAAGGAUGGACAGGUUUGCUGACUAGAGCCCAGCUUCCUCCAUAUACAACAGGCUCUUCCUAAACUUGGUUAUGAGGCUUUCAAUCAUGGAUGCUCAGAAGAGAAUGGUCCUGAUAGUAACAUCUGGGACCCAAGGCCUCUGAAGCAUUCUCAGCCUCCUCAGGGGGAUGAAGGCCAUCUUAACUAAGUGCAGUGGUAAAGGACUUGGUGAUCAUGGCUCCUCUAGCUGAGCUCUGCUGAAAACCUUUAGACAAGGGAUUGGCACUGAAACCAGGCAGCCCUUGAUUUCAUCUCUCUCUGGCUAGUCAGUGUCCUAGGUCAUUGGGACCUCCACCCAUUCAUGAAUUAUACAGGUACCUGUAUACCUAGGUAUGCUCUCAAUAGAAGUGUCACUGUGCCGAGGGCCCAGAGAGAGGCUGGCAAGACUGGCAAGAGCCUGGACAUGCCUGCCCUGAAAGCAGCUGCCUUUAUUGCCCUUUUCUGUGCACCUGUUCUGAAGCCAACUUAAUCCUGCUUGUAUCUGCACUACCGUUCACCCUUCCUGCUGAGGGAAUGGUGACGUGUUCCCAGGAGAACUGGAAGGCACAGGAUUCCCAGCACCCUGCUGCCUCAUUGGGGAAGUUGGCCAGCGGGACUGCGGAGAGCUGAGACAGUAUUUUCAGAGAUAACCUGGGAGCCACUGCCUAUGACCACCCUGUCUUCCUCUGCGACAUGCUCAGGGAAAUGGCCUUCAUUCCAGAGGCCAGCUGUCUGUCAGACUUUUCCUCCAUUCUUGGCCUUCUUCCCUUCCCAUCUUCUGAGCUAAUUGUUAAUAUGAAUUUUUUAAUGCUUAAGAUUUGAUUUUUACUUUUCAAAGCAACAUUUUGUUGAAUUUUUUUCUGCACAGCUUUCCAAAAUAAAAAGCAGAAGUAUAAAAAUCCAAACAAUUCCACCACUCCCAGCUUUCCCUCCUCUGCCAACCCAGAGCUAUGCAGAUGGCAGGUCACUCUUCCUCCCCACAGCCUGCUUCCUCUGAAGCUCUGGGCCUGCGGGUCCUGAGAAGUCAUCCAGCAGGCAGCGGGCAGGAACAUGUGAGCCCUCCAUGCUCCCACCCUCAGGGUUCCUGGGAUGCUAACAGGAGUGACAAACCAAACUGCCAGCCAGGCCUGAGAAAAGAUGGAGAUAUAUGUAUAUAUAUAUUUAUAUAUAUAUAUAUUUUUUUUUCCUUUUUGAAUUUCAACCCAAAAAAUAUUCCAGGAAAAGAUGUAGAGGCUGGGCUGGGUCUCCUUCAAAGGACAUUUGCUACCAAGGACAGUGGACUGGCCUACAGCCAGGUUACCCCAGCCCACUUCUCCCUGCUUACUCCAGGAUGGCAGUAACAGUGGAGGUGGGGGUACAGCUGGGAACAUGGGCCAGGGCAGUGGUGGCUCUGGGGUAAGAAGCUGGGCUGAGGCUGAGGAUAGGUGCGAGCUGCCCAUGUGCAGUCAUCUUUGCCCAGUGACACCUCAAAGCUGUCAGGGCUAAGAACCUACAGAGGCGUGGCGGAGGCGGGCUAAGCAGGAUGCUGCAGCUCAGGACUGGCCCUCCCUUUCUAACUGAUGAUCUGCCGGGGUCGCCCGUAGCCUGUCAUGCCAGCCUGUGAGGCCCCUCUGUUGCUGCCCAUUUGAAGACCAAUGACGUGCUUCCCCUCCUGCAGUUGGCUUUCUGUGAACUCCCUCUUAUGCUCCUGGGCUUUCCUAGAAGAAAAGGAACCAGGGUCAGGCUUGCUAGAACUUACUGUUCUCCAACUGUUUCCUGAUCCCCGUUACUGCCAUGUUUAGCUCCGUUCCCUUCCUGUUUGUCUUCUCUUUUUUCCCUGAGUUUGUCUGGUCCUAGGAGUUAGGGAGCAUGCUGGAGCACAUGCUGGUUAAAGGUAGGUGUGCAGAAGUAAGACCUCAUUUCCCCCAGUCCAGCGCCCUUACCUGGGACGUUCCUGCCUCUGCUAUACCUGAUCUUUACUACAGCUGACCAGCCCAAGCCACCCGAACCCCACAGAGACCCAGUGGCCACAUACUUCAUAAACCAGUUGGGAUCUCCACGGUAGUGUCCAUCGUUCUUGGUCACAGCCAAACUGCCCAAAGCCAUUAGAGUCCUCUGCACUGCCGCCAUGUCCUUGCCUGUGAGAAGGACGGCCAGAGAACCAAUUUCAGGACCAUAUAGGCAAUACCUGCCUAGACUCAAAAAUGGUCAAACCAAGAGCAAGUGGCAUCAAAUCAAGAGGGUUCAAGAGACCCUAUUCUAAACCCUAGUGAGUGUGUGGUAGAUAUUUUAUAUCCUAGGAUCCAACGCAGGCCUUUGUACAUAGAAGGAAAAUGCUGUCCCACCAAGCUGGUCCCCUGUUUGUGCCCUCUUGGCAUAUCCCAUUCCUGCUACGCACACCGACAGAGCUGGUUGUGGCUCGUGAGUUUCCCUCUCCUUGCCUGAUAAUCUUCCUCUCCACUGGCCCACUGGCUCCAGCCCUUUUCCUCUGUACCUUCAAAGAGGUCAACAGUCUGGAACAUGUCAGUCUUGGUGACUCCAUAAUCCUCAGCUGCCUUCAAGAAUUGAGCCACCUGUUCCAUCUGCUUGAAGACCAUGGAGGGCGGGUUCUCAGGCACCUUCACAGGCUUGGACCCAUCAGGAUACAGGCUGUUCACCAACUUGCUCAGAAUCUGGCAGGUACAGAACAUAGCUGAACACUCAGCUCAGGGGGUUCUGUCUCACAGUUUGUAGGGUGGUAUACACAUCCCAGACCCUCUUCUCAGGGUGUCACUCACCACGCCAUUCUUCAGCCACACCUGGAAACCCAGGCGCCCACGAUCUGGGCGGCCUACAUCGGAGCCACACUGCAUUACAAUCCACUCCACUAGUCGCUCCUCCAGCUCCUCGUCAUACUUCUUCUCAAUUUUGGACUGCACUUCACGGCUCAUGCCGUAGGAUGGACCCUUGUUGGCCAUGUUGAGGCAGAGCUAAAGCAGAUGGUGUGGAGAAAAGAACAAAGAGCCAGGGAAUUGCUUUACCUCAUUUGUAACAAGCAGGCCUUUGACUCUGAGGGGUUCCCAGCUACCCUCGACACCAUAGCAUGACCAAGGAGACCAGCUUUAGCCACUUGCUUUGGAGACCCCUCUGAACUUGAACUUCAAGAAACAAGGUCUUAGAUAUUUGUCAGUCUAGAACAAGAGUCUUGUCAACUUUUUAUAUAAAAGACCAGAGUAAAUAUUUUAGACUCUGCAGUCCAUAUGGCCUCUAUUAUUGUGUGAAAAUAGCCCAGCUGAUACAUAACCAAUGUGUGCCAAUAAAAUUUUGUUUAUAAAAACAGA